UGUCAGUCUACUCUUCAGUUGGAGUUGGACGCAAGGCGAGAUCGCACGCAGCAUAUUCGCGAUGGCGGCCAGUCUGGUUUUUAGCGUCUUCGUCUUUUUCGCGGUACCACUACUUGGCAAAUGUGAGCUGACGCUCCAGCCCGGCUGCAAGGUGGAGACGCUCAGAGCUUGCGGUGACGACUACAUACCCUAUAAGAAUGACCCACACCUGCACGAGUCCGGGCAAGAGUUCGAGGAAGGAUGCAAAAAGGACAAGGUGCAGAUUCCUUGCACCCUCAAGUUCAUCAAUGACUGCACUAUUGGACUGUCGAAAGCCGCGGCACUGGUGGCAGUGAAGGCUCUGGAAGAAAACAUCGAGGCUGCCUGCAGCGUUGGCUCUGAAGCGUACAACAAUUACCAGAAAAUCAUCAAGUGCAUGAAUUCUCAAGGUGCAAAGCUGCACAAGUGCAUGAAUGACUUCCAAGGCAUUCUGGAACGCGCAGUGGUCAAGGCACCAACCAAGGACAUCAUCCAUUACACCUGCUGCUACUAUGCCCAGACGGUGGAUUGCCUAUAUAACGCACUGGCGCCAUGCAAGAGGGUCGGCGCCCAGGAUUAUAUGGUCAAAAUCGCCGAGGAUAUGUUUGGCGAGACACUCAACCUGGUUUGUGGUCGCUACAAGAAAGGCUCGGCGGAAUGCAAGUCCCUGCCGCCGCUGCCACGUCUCGGUGCCAAAGAUCGCAGACUGAACAACGUCGUCGAGAUCCUCUUGGAAGCCGCCGGCACACUGGGGAGGAAAAACUAGAGCCUCGUGUUUAUGUAUAUAGUUUUGUUUGAAUCACUGGAAAAGACUGACACAAGCACAGAUAGACGGCAAGGU